GGGGGUGGGAUGGGGAGGGCAGACAGGGGAGGGCCUGGGCAGACCCUCGCAGAAGGGGCACAGGCAGGGUGUGGGUGAGUUAUGGUACCCCAACUGCUUCUGCCGUUCCUCCUGCUGCUGGCCCCACAGGGUGGGCAUGGCUGCCAUGGGCCGGAGCUCGACCGGGCACUGGUCCUUGCCAAGGUGAGGGCCCUGUUCCUGGAUGCCUUGGGGCCCCCAGCAGUGACUGGGGAAGGCGGGGAUCCUGGAGUCAGGCGUCUGCCCCGGAGACAUGCCCUGGGGGGCUCCGUACGCAGGGGCCCUGAUCCCGAGGAGGAUGUAUCCCAGGCCAUCCUUUUUCCGGCUUCAGGUGCCAGCUGUGAGAACGAGCCCGCUGCUGGAGAACUGGCCCAGGAGGGUGAGGAGGGCCUCUUCACAUACGUGUUCCGGCCAUCCCAGCACACACGCAGCCGCCAGGUGACUUCGGCCCAGCUGUGGUUCCACACAGGGCUGGACAAGCAGGACACAGCAGCGUCCAAUAGCUCUGGGCCUCUGCUGGACCUGCUGGCCCUGUCGUCUGGGAGGCCCGUGGCUGUGCCCAUGUCCUUAGGCCAGGCCCCCUCUCGCUGGGCUGUGCUGCACCUCGCUGCCUCUGCUCUCCCUCUGCUGACCCACCCAGUCCUGGUGCUACUACUGCGCUGUCCUCUCUGUUCUUGCUCAGCUCGGCCUGAGACCACGCCCUUCUUGGUGGCCCACACACGAACCAAACCACCCACUGGAGGAGAGAGAUCCCGCCGCUCAGCUCCUCCAAUACCCUGGCCGUGGUCUCCCGCCGCUCUGCGCCUGCUGCAGAGGCCUCCGGAGGAACUCUCUGCCCACGCUGACUGCCACAGAGCGUCCCUCAACAUCUCCUUCCAGGAGCUGGGCUGGGACCGGUGGAUCGUGCAUCCUCCCAGUUUCAUCUUCCAUUACUGUCACGGUGGCUGUGGGCUGCAUACCUCACCAGACCUGUCACUGACGGUCCCUGGGGCUCUCCCUACCCCUGUCCAGCCCCUUUCUUUGCUGCCAGGGGCCCAGCCCUGUUGUGCUGCUCUCCCAGGGACCAUGAGACCCCUACGUGUCCGCACCACCUCAGAUGGAGGUUACUCUUUUAAGUAUGAGACGGUGCCCAACCUUCUCACACAACACUGCGCGUGUAUCUAAGGGGGGCCUGUUUCCCAUUCCAUGGCUGGCAGCUGAGCCCCCAUCGUCAUCAGCGGGGGGAAAGGGUGGGAUUCAGAACACAGAUAGUUCCCACUCUCCUUCCACUUCUCUAAGAGCUCCUUUCCCCAUCCCACCCUUGUCCCAUGGAUAGUGUGUGACAAUAAAGAACACGGUGCAUAUGA